CACACACACAGCAUAGAGAGAGAGAGAUGCAGCUUUGGAACAAGAGAAAACAGCUUGAAAUGACAUCAUGAAGGAGUUAUCUCUGUCUCUGCUGAGUCGAGGCUGUGGUCAAUUGAUCUCGUCCAAGAGAAAUCCUGGAGGACAUGAUGGACGGCUGGACGUCUGCUUCACACCACAGGAUUACUACAUCUGGAAGUCCCAGGAGCCUCUGCUGCAUUGGUCCAACAGUGGUCGCCUACUUGUAAAAGCAGUGUCAACCCUUCCAAAGACGUACAGCACUCGUAGGGGCCCACUGCUACUGUACUCUCAGGACCUGGUUUCAACGGAAAGAAAAUGUAGGUUAGUGGCUGGUAACAGGAAGAAGCGGGCUGUACAACAUUGCUCUCAACAAGUGGAACAGCAGCUCAGCACCCUGAAGGAGCUGACAUCGGCCAUUUUGAGCUACAGAAACAAUAAGUGCUCCUAUUCCAGACUCGCUCCAUCCCUCUUUCCUCCCCUUCACGUCCCUCCAGUUCCAAAUGUUCGUUUUCCCAAUCUUCAGCGGGCUUGCUCCACACCAGCACAGCCCAGUCCAGAGUUGUUUGUGCAGCAUAACCCAGUGUGGCUUCCUGCAGAGGAAAACGAUGAACAACUGGAGAAUCAACCUGAAGGUUAUAACAUUUUGACGGAUAGAAAGAUACCCCUCCAAUCCAGCGUUUACACACUUCUCAUGUUCUUUUCAUAUGCCUUGUUUAGCUUUUCUUGCUGUUAAACCAACUAAAUAGAAGGAUAAAACCAAUUCUAAAAUAAUCCUAUUCUGCAGAAAAAGAUGAGCUGGUCAACAGGAGAAGAGUCAGGCUGGAUAUGUUCCUUCAAAUAACAUGUACCUCCAGGAGUCCAACCCCACAGACAGAGUCUCAGCCCUGGGUACAUUAUGUAGCGUUAACCCCUGAAGA